CUUUCCCAACUGUUCCAGAUGAUGAAAAUUGGAAGCUUGAGAGAAAGAAAUAGAAACUAAUGAUGGAAAUCCUAGUCCGAACACUGAGCGAUGAAUCCACCGUCAUAACCACAUCGCCAGAAAAAACAAUUAACGAUCUCAAGCUUCUAUUGAAACUCUCUUUUCCUCCGGCCUCUUCUUCUCCCAAUUUCCACCUCUUUUUCAAGGGUACUAAAUUGAACUUGCAAAGCAAAGUGAGCAGUCUCUCGAUUCGGUCCGGUGAAUUCUUUGUUUUGAUUCCAUUUACAAAGAAAGACAAGCCUCGAAUUGAAAACCCUUGUUUUUCCAACAAUGCAAGCACUGCCACAAGCUUUGCAGAUUCUACUUACUCUGAUAUGAUGCAAGAAUUCUCAUCUUUACGGGACGAAUCAGGAAAUUUUAGUGAAGAUACUAGUAAUAAUAAUAAUGUUUAUUUUAAGAGUAAACGAAGACAAGGAGUGACAAUUGACAGGGAUGAGAAAAAAGAGGGGCGUGCUUAUGACUUUUUAUGGAAUGUAUUGCGGACUUCUGAUGGGGAUUUGUUUGAGGAAAAGAAUUGUGAGAAGUUUGUUGAGGUUUUGCAGUCGGUAAAUUGUUUGUCAAGUCCUUAUUCAGGGAAAUGUAUGUUGUUAAGUGAGGCCAAACUUCGGAGUCGUGAUGAACAGGCUUCGUGUUUGUGUCCUGUGUGGUUGAAGAAAAUUGUGGAGGCGUUUGCUUUCUUAAGCAUUUUGUCUGCUUUUCUUCAGCUGCGAACGGAGAGAAUGACUUCAGCUUGUUUGAAGGAAGUGCUGGAGCAUUUAAAGAAAUUUGGGCUUGGCGUUUGUAUGGAGGACAUAGAGUGUCUUUCUGUUCUUUGUCCCAAGGUGGUAUGUUUUGUAAAUAAUGAUAUGGAGCCUAAAAAUUUUGGUGAUGCACUUGUGAUCACCCUAACUUCAACAAAGGAGGGAGACAAAGUUGACAACAAACUCGGAGCUGGUAAAAGUUGCUUGUCUCUUUCAAAGAUCUUUAGCAUAAUGAAGAAAUGGGAAAGGUCAUUCAAAACUAGCUUGUGGGAGACUAUCAAGUUGUUAAUGUCUAAACAGAAAUAUGAGAAUCUGACAUCAUUUUCCUUAGAGGAUUUGCUCAUAUUUUGGAAGGAAGGUGAUAAGGUUUCAGAAAGAAAUGAAACAAAACGGGCGAGGAGAAGCUGGUCCUCUGCUUCAAAGUCUCAUUCAGUCAAAAGACGAUGUCAUGAUACAAGCCAAUUGCUACCAGCAGAAAUGGUCGAGCAUCUCAGGAAGAGCAUUGGAUUGGAUAGACAGAUGGUUCAUGUCGAAAAUAUUGGUGCUAGGAAAGCUUCCUAUGUGGAGAUCCCUAGAGAACUCUCGGACAAUACAAAAUCUGCCCUUCAAAGUAUUGGCAUUAAUAAAUUGUACAGCCACCAGGCAGAGUCAAUAAUGGCUUCCCUUUCUGGGAAGAAUGUUGUUGUAGCAACAAUGACAUCUAGUGGGAAAUCUGUGUGCUAUAAUCUACCAGUGUUGGAGGCAUUGUCCCAUGAUUUGUCAUCAUGUGCGCUUUACUUGUUUCCCACAAAGGCCUUAGCUCAAGAUCAACUAAGAGCUUUGCUAGCUAUAAUAAAUGGAUUUGAUUGUAGCAUAAAUAUUGGCGUAUAUGAUGGUGACACUUCUCAGAAAGAAAGGACAUGGCUUCGAGACAAUGCUAGACUGUUGAUCACAAAUCCUGAUAUGUUACACAUGACAAUCCUUCCAUUACAUAGACAAUUUAGUCGAAUACUAUCAAAUCUUAGUUUUGUAGUGGUCGAUGAAGCUCAUACUUAUAAGGGAGCUUUUGGAUGCCAUACUGCCCUUAUACUAAGAAGACUUCGCAGGCUUUGCUCUCAUGUGUAUGGUGGCGAUCCUUCUUUUGUUUUCUCCACGGCAACUUCUGCCAAUCCUCGUGAGCACUGUAUGGAGCUUGCAAAUCUGUCAACAUUAGAGCUGAUUGAAAAUGAUGGAAGUCCUUCUUCUGAAAAGCUUUUUGUUCUCUGGAAUCCUGCUCUAUGUCUGAGAAAUGAGCUGGAUAAAAGUGACUAUGGCAUAGAUGAUAGAAAUGCUUCAGAUAAGAGUUUGAGCCCAAUUUCAGAGGUUUCAUACCUUUUUGCGGAAAUGGUUCAGCAUGGACUUCGUUGUAUUGCUUUUUGUGGAUCGCGUAAACUUUGUGAGCUUGUUUUAUGUUAUACGCGUGAAAUUCUUGAAGAGACAGCUCCCCACCUUGUCAAUUCCAUAAGUGCCUAUCGUGCUGGCUAUGUUGCUGAGGAUCGGAGGAAAAUAGAGAGUGAAUUUUUUGGUGGAAAGCUUUGUGGUAUCGCUGCAACAAAUGCACUUGAAUUGGGAAUUGAUGUUGGACACAUUGAUGUAACUCUGCAUUUAGGUUUUCCUGGUAGUAUUGCAAGCCUAUGGCAACAGGCUGGUAGGUCUGGCAGAAGAGAAAGGCCAUCUCUUGCUGUUUAUGUUGCAUUUGAAGGACCUCUUGAUCAAUACUUUAUGAAAUUCCCUGAGAAAUUAUUCAGGAGUCCAAUUGAAUGUUGUCAUAUUGACAGUCAAAACCAGCAGGUGCUUGAACAGCAUCUGGUUUGUGCAGCUCUUGAACACCCGUUGAGUUUGCUUUAUGAUGAGAAAUAUUUUGGGUCUGGUCUGAACAGUGCCAUAACUGCUCUUAAAAGUAGAGGAUACUUAAUUUCCGAUCAUUCAAGUGAUCCUUUGGCUAAAAUAUGGAGUUACAUUGGGCACGAGAAAAUGCCUUCACGUUCAAUCAGCAUACGAGCAAUAGAGGCAGAGAGAUACAUAGUCAUAGAUACACAACUGAAUGAAACCCUAGAAGAGAUUGAGGAAAGCAGGGCUUUCUUUCAGGUAUAUGAAGGUGCUGUUUACAUGCACCAAGGGAGGACCUAUCUGGUGAAGGAUUUAGAUUUGUCAAGAAAAAUUGCUUAUUGCGAAAAAGCUGUUCUGGACUAUUACACAAAGACUCGUGAUUAUACAGACAUACAUAUUAUUGGUGGUAAAAUUGCCUAUCCAGCCAGGGUCUCAAAGGACCAGCUCCCAAGAACGACAGCUCAAGCAAAUACUUGCAGUGUAACAACUACAUGGUUUGGCUUCCGCCGAAUUCGUAAAGGAAGCAAACAAAUCUUAGACACGGUUGAUCUUUGGCUGCCUAGAUAUUCAUAUGAAUCUCAGGCAGUUUGGAUUAGCGUUCCACAAUCCAUAAAAACAGUAGUGGAGAAGAAGUACUCAUUCUGUGCAGGUCUGCAUGCUGCCUGUCAUGCAGUCUUACAUGUAGUGCCAUUAUAUAUCAGAUGCAAUUUAUCUGACUUGGCCCCAGAGUGUCCAAAUCCUCAUGAUACCCGCUUCUUUCCUGAGAGAAUUCUAUUGUAUGAUCAGCAUCCUGGAGGGACUGGUGUCUCAAAACAGAUCCAACCAUAUUUCACAGAGCUUUUGUGUUCUGCUUUGGAACUUCUAACUUGUUGCCACUGCUCCUCAGACUCAGGUUGCCCAAAUUGUGUUCAGAAUCUGGCUUGUCAUGAGUAUAAUGAGCUCAUAAACAAGGAUGCAGCCAUCAUGAUUAUAAAGGGUGUUUUGGAUGCAGAAAAAUUAUAUUUUGAAGGACACCCUGAUUCCACACCGAGUUGUUGAGGAUAGAAAAACAAUUCAACAUCAUACGUAAUCAUGGAGGGCUGAUUUUUUAUGUUGAAUUACGUUUCUUGGUUCCUGUGGCCUGUUAGAUCUUCAUCCUUGAACCCCCACUAUCCCAGAAACUACCAGGUAGGCUUGACCAACAUCAUCAGAAUUGAUUUUUGUACACCAUACGUUUUAGAUGAUCAUGAUCUGCUAUGUCACUGAUUAUGACAAUAUUUAUGUAUAUAAUAUAUGUUUUAAGCUUCUUUCCUCAACUUGCUUACAUAGAUCUGGGGUUAAUUAUAUUUAGAAAUCCAAAAGAUCGUAUUCAAACAAGACCUUGCAGUUCAUUUCUA